AUGGACUUCUUCCCUGCUAUUCACAGCAAGGAUCACCGCUUCCCCAGUGUUGAGGAGAUGAUCGAGAAUGGCGGCAACGGUCCUUCCUACUCUGGCGGUCCCACUUUCUCCGAGAGUGCCUCGUACGCAAGCGAGAACCCCAUGCGUGCCAACGGCCAAACUGUCGAGCCCAGCAGAAACUUCUAA